UCCUCAGGAAACUACCCAGCGAUUCUUUGGAAGUGGAUGACACGUGAUUCUGCGAUUGCGCCACAUGAAAUUUGAUUUUCAUCUGAGAAAACAGAAGGGAAAACGAAACCUACGCAGAAUAGAGCGCUGGCACCUUACAUUAAAGCCCCUCCACCUCCGCGCUGAUCGGCUCCACUUCCUCUGUUUACUUCCUACAAACAGUCUGGCUAGUCUCAGUCAGUCAGACAGUCGAUGUUGGACGAUGGAGAUGCAACAGUCUCGUGGAGCUUGAGAUUCACAGAUCACGAGCGAGCAGGAGUCAAGUCAAGCACCAAGAUGAAGUACAAAUAUGACGACGGCAUUGAUCUGCUAUUGGCUCACAUGAAUUUAGAGGACAUCAUCAACGCUGCAGAGACUCUCUAUCAGCUGGAACAAGAGGAGGAGGAAGGGGGUUUGUUGUUGGAAGAGGGGCUCUCCCAGGAGGAGAUGUAUGAGAAUGAGGAGGCUGGGGACUCAGUGGGCUCGGGGAGUCAGCAGAAGGACUAUAAUGAUGGGGUUGGUGGUGUUCAGUACGGGACGGUGACGGACCUCCUGUCCUUUGUCAACCAGCUCUCCAACAUGCAGACGGCAGCCCUGCAGCACCUGCCCGAGGAGAAGGGGGUCUUGCUGAAUAAGAAGGACAUGGCUAUAAAAAAAGGCCGCUACCAGAUCAACAUGGACGUUCUCCUGUUUCCAUGGAAAUUGACCUACAAGAAUCACGGCUGUGACCUCGUGCCUAAGGGCUCAUUUGGGAAAGUCCACUUGGCCCAGGACACAACCACCAGGAAGAGGAUGGCUUGCAAACUGAUCCCCAUGGAGAACUUUAAAGCAGCUGACAUAGAGUUCCAGGCCCGCUUCCGCCAUGAGAACAUCGCUGAGCUGUACGGGGCUCUGCUGUGGGACCAGAGCGUCCACCUGUUCAUGGAGGCUGGCGAGGGUGGCUCAGUUCUGGAGAGGCUGGACAGCUGUGGGCCCAUGAGGGAGUUUGAGAUCAUCUGGGUGACCAAGCAAGUCCUGCGGGGCCUGGAGUACCUCCACUCGCACAAUGUUAUCCAUCAUGACAUCAAACCCAGUAACAUUGUCUUGAUGUCAGACAAGGCAGUCCUGGUGGACUUUGGCCUGACAGUGCAGAUGACAGAGGAUAUAUACAUUCCCAGAGACCUGAGAGGAACAGAGAUGUAUAUGAGUCCAGAGCUGGUUCUGUGUCGCGGACAUACCACCAAGACAGACAUCUACAGCCUGGGUACCACUAUCAUUCACAUGCAGACUGGUAGCCCUCCCUGGGUGCGGAGAUAUCCACGCACUGCCUACCCAUCAUACCUCUACAUUAUCCACAAGCUGGCACCCCCUCUGGAGGACAUAGCGGAGGACUGCAGCCAGGCCAUGCGCUCCUUCCUGGAGCGAGCCCUGGAGAGUAACCCUGCUCUGCGGAGCUCGGCGUCUGAGCUGCUGAAGGACGAGGCCAUCAACCCGCCCAGGGAGGAUCAGCCACGCUGUUGGAGCCUCGACUCAGCGAUGGAGGAGGCCAACCACGCCAUACUGCGCCAGCAGAGCCAGCACCAUGACACCACCCAAGAAUCUUCGCUGUACUCUGAAGAUUCUGGCCACAUGAAGAGGAAGGGCUCUUUGUACAUUGACUUGGGGGCCUUGUCAGGUUACUGUAAACUGGUGACAGGCCCCCCCACAUCAGAAUAUGGCUAGCACUGGACCAUCAUGGCCAUUUAUUUUGCCGAACUUUAGUUGAAGACAACUGAUAAUUUACCAUUAUCCUUCUUUGACUGGCUAACUCUUCACUGUUGAGGACUGAUGAACAGUUCAGGUGGACAGCUGCAGGUGGCACGGCUCACUGAUGAACUCUUUACAAGACUCAGGAUGACUUAUAAUGAAUGGAAUUAGUUGAGCCUUGACGCUGAAAUGGGCUGAUGUUGCUCAGCAACACUGCAGGACGGUGUUUGAAUGAGAUGCAUUGUGUAUUAAUGAGCAUUAAGUUUUGGUAUGAGUUCCCAGAGCCCCUUGCGGGAUGUUUGUACAUGCUUUUAUUUCAAUGUGCACAGUAACAACUCAAAUAUAUGUUUUUUUUCUCAUGAAACUAGAAGUUAUUUUAUCACUAACAAUGUAAGCUAUUUGUUCAAGUAUGUGUGCAUUAUGCAAACAUGAUUGUAUGUAGUUCUUUAUGGACUUCCUCCUGUUAGUUCCUGUGGAAUAUUAAUAGCAUGAUCAUGCUAUGCAAAUGACGCUUCUGUGAAAUGCAUGCUGAAUCUGAUUGUGUUUUGUACAUCCUGUGAGAUGAGGCCAGCUGUGCUUUUGACUUAACAAUGUUUGAAAAUGGAAGGGUGUAAUUUUGCUGUUGCUCCAAUAAAAUGAAAAGCCAGUACUCUCUGUGAUUUUUCAGAUUGCUCAAUUUGGAUUUUCGCUUCACAAAUAAAAGAGAUACCCUUUGAAAUGAAAACUUUCAGUGAGCCAGUAUGUUUCAUGUUCUGUCUGUGUAUAAGCUCUACUUUCUUUUUCUAUGUCCUCACUAUUUGACAGUUGAACUCCUGUAAACUGAACAUGUGAACAAGUGCAAGAGAUAAUGCAGGGAUAGUCAUUUUCAAUGUAUAAACUGCAAGUUGAGCAAUAAAUAAGAUGAAUUCAUGUCAGUAUAAUAUCUCUGAGCAACAAGGGUUUUUUGCUUGAAUGCUCUCAUGAUUUCCAGCUGUAAAACCAGAGGCUGUGUGCAAAGAUGUGGUAUUUGAUACGGAAAUGACAGUCUACAUCACUGAUGAGUGUUAAUGGAAAGGACAGAUGAGUUUUGUUCGUAGUUUACGAACGUGGCUCCAUGGUGACAUAUGAGUGGGCGGGGGACACUUGACUUCCCCCCCUCUCUCUCUUUACUAUAAAAGUAAAUAUAGUAAUCACACUGGAAAGUGCAGCCUCUGCACUUAAUGCACCCACAUAGACUGGUAUGGAAUGAAGUUUCAUUAUUUUAUAAAAAAGAAUAAGAAGAGUCUACAGCCAGGCUAGUGGCUCUGUCAUGCUGUACUUAGGCACUGUUGCUUUGAGCUAAUUGCUAAUUAAUGUCAGCAUGCUAAUAUGCUCACAGCAGCAAUACUAAGAUGUUAAUGUUUAGUAGGUAUAAUUUUUACCAUGUUCACCAUCUUAGUUUGGCAUGUUGGCAUGCAAAC